UGGUGGUGGCUAGGGAGAUGGGGGGAGGUGCUGGCAGGUAGGAUGUGUUUGAAAGUGAGAGCCAGAGGGUGUCCUGGUGGAUUGCAGGCCAAAUGUGUGAGGAAAAGAAGAGUUAAUUACACAGGGUGAGUUCUGGCUUGAGCAGCUGGAGAGACGGAGUUGCCAUCACUGAGGUUGAAGAAGACUGAGGGAGAAAGUGCUUUUCUUAGGGGCGAGGCAGGGAAGGAGCACUGAGAGCUCCUAGAGUUUGAAGUGUGGCGAAGAAGAAUCGGCCCAAGGUGCCACGGUGGAUGGAGUGCCCCCCAGAACCUUCUCCCAAGACCCAGGCCAGGCCACCCACUGCCACACAGGGUCUACCUCUGUUGGUUGUAGGCCCUACGAACACGCCAUUGGGAGAAUGGGAGGAACGUGGCAUCCUAAAUCUCUCGAAUAAAAUGGGGGGAAGAUUUCCUCUUUGCUUAUUCCUGUGAGAAUUACUGAGAACCUGACCCACUUGGAUUCACGUGCGUGUAACAUGACAAAAAUGUCCUGGCUUUUGACAUGGUUUACAGUAAGACCAUGGCCAUUUCUGGAGUGUGAGACAUACGUCUUGAUCUAAUUAUGACACCGGCCAAGACAAAUGGAGAAGUCUUGCAGGGUAUCUCCUAAGCUAGGCAGUAUUUGAGUGCCACGGUCCAAAUGCAAGUUGCUAGCUGUUACUCUGGAAAUAAAGGUUUUUUGGGUUUUGCUCAUUUUUUAGCAGAAAUGUCAGAGAAUUAGAUUAGAAAUAGGGACACGUGAGAUUUCAAAACUAUAAUCCCAAAUCAGAUGAAAAUUAUGGCUAAACUAAAAAAUCAGAAAGCAGUUAUGGCCAAAUUGGGUUAGAUUAAUUUUUAAAAAUGGAGAGUAGUUCUGAGAAAUCUUAAGAGGAAGAGGGUAUCCGCUACAGAAACAAGCAGACAUUGAAAGAUUUCUCCUUAACUUGGGGCGCCUGGGUGGCUCAGUCGGUUGAGCAUCCGACUUCGGCUCACGUCAUAAUCUCACAGUUUAUGAGUUUGAGCCCGGCAUCAGGCCCUGUGCUGACAGUGUGGAGCCUGGGGCCCGCUUCGAGUUCUGUGUCUCCCUUUCUCUCUGCCCCUCCCCUGUCGUGCUCUCUCUCUCUCUCUCUCAAAAACAAAUAAUCACUAAAAAAUAAUAAUAAAAAGAAAAGUUUCUUCUUAACUUGACAGAAACUUAUGGGUGCCCCAAAUUCUGGUUUUUAGAAGUCUUUGCCUUUCACAUUUUGUCUUACUAAGUUGCUAUGAAAUACUAUACUUUUAUGUUGGAUGGGGUCUUGGUGGUCAGAAGCCAAAGUGGCUUAGUGAUUUAUAAAGAAGAAACUUUCAGGAAAUCAGACUAGGUUAUUUUUGUUUAAUAACCCAGUCAUAAUUAUAAGAAAGAAAGCUUUACUGCUGUCUUCUUUCUCUUUUUUAGUUGACACUGAAUAAAAAAAGAAAAAAAAAAACCCUUGGCUUUGAGGUUCAACAAAUUUGGUUUUAACCCUAGCCACAAGUGGAUGAGCUUGGCCUAAUGAUUUAACCAGUCUCAUCCAUGGGUUUUAUUUUAAUCUGUAAAAUUGGAAGGGCGUUGUUGAUAAGCAGCACGCUGUACUGUACUUUAGAUGAAAGGACUUUAUUUUUUUUAAUUUCUAAAAAGAAUUUUAAUGUUUAUUUAUUUUUGAGAGACAGUGAGACAGAGUGUGAGCAGAGGAGGGACAGAGAGAGACAGAAGGAGACACAGAAUCUGAAGCAGGCUCCAGGCUCUGAGCUGUCAGCACCGAGCCCGAUGUGGGGCUUGAACUCAUGAGCUGUGAGAUCAUGACCUGAACCGAAGGUGGACACUUAACCUACUGAGCCACCCUGGUGCCCCAGGACUUUACUGUUGAAUGGAUUAGUUGAUUAUCUUACAAUAGUCGUUAGAUUUUACUAAAUGCUUCUGUAAGUUUUCACAACUGUAUUAAAAUUCUAAUUGAAACCUUUUUUUUUUUUUAGGUUUAUUUAUUUAUUUUGAGAAAGAGACAGUGGGAGGGGCAGAGAGAGAGGGAGAGAGAGAAUCCCAGGCAGGCUCCAUGCUGCCAACGCAGCCCCAAGGUGGGGCUCAAACUCACAAACUGCAAGAUCAUGACCUGAGCUGAAACCAAGAGUUGGAUGCUUAACUGACUGAACCACCAGGAACCCCUAAACCUUAUUUUGAACUAAGAAAUCUUUUAAAAAAAUUUUUUAAUGUUUAUUUAUUUUUGAGAGACAGAGAGAACAAGAGUGAGAGAAUACAAGCAGGGGAGGGACAGAGAGAGAGAGAGGGAGACGCAGAAUCUAAAGCAGGUUCCAGGCUCUGAGCUGUCAGCGCAAAGCCCGAUGUGGGGCUCGAACUCACCAACCGUGAGAUCAUGACCUGAGCUGAAGUUGGACGCUCAACUGACUGAGCCACCCAAGUACCCCUGAACUAAGAAAUCUUAUUUGAAACUAGGAAACCAAUGCAAAUGUGGUCUAGUCUCAUGAAAAACGCCUACAGUUAAUAAAAUUUUUUGAAUCAUAUAUUAGUAUGCAAAAUAAAAGCUCAUAUUCAUGUAUAAGAACUUUCAAGUUCAUGCUAUUUUAUGUAACAAAAUGCUAUCUGGAGUUUAACCACAUCCUGGGCACUGUUCCAAGCCCACUUGCUCCUGAUUCUGUGGUGUCAGUAUGAAACUCAUACGAUCUUGAUAAUAAGAGUCUGGACAACUAAAAGGAGGGUAGAGAUAAGCAGACCCGAUUCCCCGAAUUUACGCGAAACAUCUCAGGGAAAAUCUCCUAGCCGUGACAGGACUUUGCAUUUCUUCCUCUCGGAGCACGUGGCCAAUGUCCAAACUAUGACUGUAUCCCCAAGCAGGUAGGCAAGCCUGUGCAAGAGCUUUGCCGGCCACAGUGUGGGGUAAAGAAAACCUAUUAGAACUCUUCGUUAGCAACACCUCCUCACCUUGCUCACCCGUGGCAGUGUGACCUAGUGGUUAGGUGUCUUUAAGGCCCACCUGCUUGGGUUCUGUGUCUUAGCAGCAUGUGACUUGGCCAAGUUGCUUAACUUUUCUGUGCCUCGGUGUCCUUAUCUGUAAAUCAGGAAUAGUAAUAAUAAUAGCACCUGCCUUCUUGGGUGUUGGGACAGUGAAGGAGUUAACAAAUGUUAAGUCGCUUAGAACUGUAUCUUGGCAUAGAGCGAGUUCUGGAGAGAGCUCAACUAUGGUUACGGUAUGACACCGGUCUGCAGUUAAUCCCUGAAUGCUUCUGGGAUGUGGUCGGUUUUAAAAGUGAGUUGAAUUUACUCAUAAUAGAGCAUUUCAGCUGCGUGUAGCUGAAAUCUAAUUUUGCAAUUAACAUUUGUUUUACAUGGAGCCCAAGGGUCGAAGGUUAUGGUCUUUAUCAGGCCCCUUGAGGAGCCUUCUUACUCAUAAUUUAUCUCUAUGUCCCUGAACUCCUUAGAAAAACUUCCCUUUUCCAUCCAAACUGAGAUCUUUACAGGGACUUACAUGUGAGGAGCCCAGAAGCUGGAAUCUGUUUUUGGAUGAGUCUGGACCAUAAGCAGAGCAUUUACAAACCUCCAUAAAGUCUGGCUUACUUCUCAUUGCUUCCCCUCAUUUGCUUUUGGAACUCUCUGCACCAAAGCUCUCCAAACUGGAUGAGCAUGCUUAGCUAAUGUCUGGCAAAUGAAGUGUCAAGGGAUAUUGGGAAAGGCAGACUCAAGGCCCCAAGAUUUCAAGAUCAUUUAGAAUCAACUGGGUAGUCCCAGGGUGACAGAAGCACGUGGAUGACUCAGUCCGUUAAGCCUCUGACUCUUGAUUUCUGCUCACGUCCUGAUCCCAAGGUUCAUGAUCUGGAGCCCCAGAUCAGGCUUUGCGCUGACAUCAUGGAGUCUGCUUGGGAUUCUCUCUCUGUCUCUGUCUCUGUCUCUCUCUCUGCCCCUUCCCUGCUCAAGCGCACGUGGUCUCUCUCUCUCUCAAAAUAAAUAAAUUGGUUAAAAAUAUUAUUAGGGCAGUAAAAGACAAGCAUUACUUAGCUUGAGAAACUGAUGCCAAACCAAGGGGAGAUGAUAGGAUUACUUCCUCUAAAGGGAUUACUCAAUGUUGUCAUUAUGUUUAAAUAUUUAUGUAACAAAGACAAAAAUUCUUGGUACAUGAUGCACCAGUAUUUUUGAACAAGUCAUGGAUUUUGGCUAAAAAAUCACAUUUCAUCGUGGGUGGAGUGAGGAAUGGUAGGAUGUCUUUGGCUGCCUCCCCUUCAAAAUAAAAGAGAAAGUUCAUGCACCUGAGGACUCUUCAAGGAAGGAGCCAGAAGAGGUGGAAGCUGUUCUUAGCUCAGUCAUUGACUUGGAGUCCCUUCCCUUCUGUCCUUCAGUUUGGUUGAGACAGUGAAACCGCUUUCCAGCUAUAAAUUUCAGGGGCCACCGUCUACCUCCUAGGAGAGACCUUUACCAUCACAUGUCACGGAUUCGCCUUGAAUAAUCUCAACAGUUAGUUACCAACACUUGCUCUGGAUUGAAGAACUGACAAUGCGACUUUGGGUCUUGGCACUUUCAACAAUUCUGGUACAUUCCACAGCAGCUAAGUUUAGCAAAUCAUCCUGGGGCCUGGAAAAUGAGGCUUUAAUCGUGAGAUGUCCUAGGCAAGGACGAUCUCGAUACCCUGUGGAUUGGUAUUACUCAAAAACCAACAAAUGUAUCACUACCCAGAAAAGAAAUCAUGUACUUGCCUCAGGGGAACGUCUUAAGUUUCUCCCAGCCAAAGUCAACGAUUCUGGAAUUUAUACUUGCGUUAUCAGAAGCCCUCCCUUCAAUAAGACUGGCUAUGUGAACGUCACCAUAUAUAAAAAACAGCCAAAUUGCAAUAUUCCAGAUCAUCUGAUGUAUUCAACAACAUUUGGAUCAGAAACAAAUUCCAAAAUAUAUUGCCCUACGAUUGACUUGUACAACUGGACGGCACCUAUUGAGUGGUUUAAGGAUUGUAAAGCUCUUCAAGGACACAGGUAUCACACACACAAGACAUUUUUGCUGAUUGACGGUGCAACCAGCAAGGACACAGGUGAUUAUACAUGUAAAUUUAUCCACAAUGAAAAUGGAGUCAAUUAUAGCGUGACAGCGACCAGAUCACUCACAGUGAACGAUGAGGAAGGCUUUUCUUUGUUUCCAGUAAUUAUAGCCCCUCCACAAAAUGAAAUAAAAGAAGUGGAAAUUGGAAAACCAGCAAGCAUACCCUGCUCCGCUUGCUUUGGGAAAGGCUCUCAGAUCAUGGCCGGCAUCCUGUGGAAGGUGAAUGGAAGCAAAGUUCAAAACUUUGGAGAACCAAGAAUUCACGAGGACCGGGAGCAAAAUCAAAGUUCCAGCAAUGAGUUGACUUGUCUGAGCACCGUUUUAAAAAUAGAGCCUGUGAGAGAAGAAGAUUUAUCUGUGGAGUAUGACUGCCUGGCUCUGAAUUUGCACGGUUGGACACGGCACACCAUAAGACUAAAGCGGAGAAGUCCAAUUGACCAUCAAAGUACCUACUACAUACUGACAGGAUUUAGCAUCUUGUUAAUGCUAAUCAAUAUCAUGGUGAUAAUGCUAAAAGUGUUCUGGAUUGAGUUUAUUCUGCUCUGGAGAGACAUAGCUAGACCUUACAAAAGUAGGAAUGAUGGAAAGAUCUACGAUGCUUACGUUAUCUAUCCGCGGAACUAUACAAAUAGUCCUGAGAGGGCCAGCGCUGUGGGAUAUUUUGUUUACCAGAUUCUGCCUGAUGUUCUGGAAAAUAAAUGUGGUUAUAACUUAUGCAUUUAUGGGAGAGAUGUGCUACCUGGAGAAGAUGCAGCCACCUCAGUGGAAACCAACAUACGAAAGAGUAGGCGGCACAUUUUUAUCCUGACUCCUGAAAUCACUCACUGCAGGGAGUUUGCCUAUGAGCAGGAGAUCGCCUUGCACAGUGCCCUCAUCCAGAACGACUCCAAGGUGAUUCUUAUAGAAUUAGAGGGUCUGAGCAAGCCAGGAGGGAUGCAGUUUGGGGAGCUCCAAGAUUCCCUCAAGCACGUCAUGGAAAUGCAAGGUACCAUCAAGUGGAAGGAAGAUGAUGUGGCCAACAAACAGUCCCGGAAUUCCAAGUUCUGGAAGCACGUGAGGUACCACAUGCCUGUGCCAAACAAACCCUCAAGGAAGACAUCCACUUGGGCUUCCCUGAGUACCCAGGGGCAAUAGCGCUUGCUUUGAUGUGCUGGUGCACCAGAUUCCUAGAUCUGCAUUCCUUCUGGCAGGAUUACGCCCCUGGGCCAGACCCUGGAGCAGAGGCAUGAGAAAUGGGGACAUGUCAAGGGUGUUCAGGCCUCAGGUUUCAUCUAGCAACUUUACUUCCAUCUUCCUGAUUCUGGGUGGAUGCAAAAUGCCCCGAAAUUUUUAUCCUCGCUCCCCCUCUCUUCACCCCACAUUUCCUUCCCUUUCUCCUUUUGCUGGUCUUUCUCCAUAAGACCUAGGAUCUUUUCACUAUUCUUUUUUCCGUCUUUCUCUCUCUUUCUUGUUCUCCUGCCCCGUUUUCCUUGUCAAUAUUCUACAUUUUGAACAAACGAAAAGCAUUAGAGCGAAAUUUUCAUGUAACCGUGAAGAACACUCCGAUUCCCACAAGCAGAAUAUUAGCAGCAAAUCUUGUUUCCAACCUACCAAAAAUUAUUAUAUUUUAUUUUAAUGGAUGCUAAGUUUUAUCAUCUCAAUAUUGUGGAUACUAUUGGGGUCCCUUACCCAACUGCCAUUACAAUCAGUAUUUGCAGUUCUAAAGUCGCUUUGAUAUAUUUUUAUUCUCUUUAGAAAUAUUUUUUUCUCACUCUAAAAGUUACAGAAGAACAGAAAAUAUCAAAGAAGAAAAGAGUGAGUAUUAUCCACAAAUCCAUCAUCCUAAGAUAAUGACUUUUAAACAUUUGGGUAAAUUCGUAUUUAAAAAAAUUUUAACUUGUACUUAAAUGUUCUGUUAAUAUAGCUGAGCUCACACAGUGUGUAGGGUUUAUACAUUUUUUUCUACUUAACAUCAUAAUAAAAACACUUGACAUGUCACUUGAAUUUUAACAUUUUAACUAUUCAUAGAGUUCUAUUUCACUGUUGUGCCACAGCUGACAUGCCUAAUUAGUUAUUGUUGUAUAUUUGAGUUGUGUUGAGUUUAAAUAGCCAUCAUUAUAAGUAAUUUUGCAAUGACCAUAUCAGCAUAUUUUAUAUUUCCCAGUUACAAUUUUUGAACUUAAAACAAUGUUUGUUUAUUUAUUUUGAGAGAGAGAGAGAAAGAGAAAGAGAGUGGG